AUGGAUCUACAGCAGGCUCAGCGAGCUGUAAUCAACCUGCUGACCCAGGUGUCUCCGGACGUCCUGCCCAGGGCUAUCCAGUGGAUGAGACACAGCAGCGAAAUAGAAGAUUUACUCAGAAGUAACGCUGAUGUGAUUCUAAACUGUAUUGCUGAUGACUUACGAAGCAGUCUGCCACUGGAAGCCAUGGUUGGAUCAGAGAACCAAGUGAUAGACAUUAUUCAGAGUCUUCAGAGGCCAACCCUUCACGUAGAUGCUUUCCUUUAUGAUGAUGAUACUGUUGAUGCAUUAUGCGAGGAGGGGAAGAUGAGUCGUAAUUACUGUAUGUCAUGUGGAUCUAGAAAAACGGCUCCUAUAGACUUUAUUUCACAUUCUUUUUCUUUGGUGGAACUCAAGUUUCUGUUCCAGCAAAUGUUGCCUGAUCUGAGUGGGAAAACACUUAGUAGAUGUGGGUUCCAGGCUUGGAGCUGUUCUGUAUGCGGGUUGUGUUUACAGUUCAGCCAGUAAAUUACAAGGUGUGGAAAUCAAUGCAGAAUUCUGCCAGUUACAAGAAAAGAUCAUAAAGAAGUAUGACUUCACAGACAGAAUUCAGGUUUACCAUUCAGAUAUUUGCUGUCAGCCAUCCUUACUGCACCACGCUGAUGUUGUAGUUCUACAUAAUGUUUUUGAAUACUUCCUGGACAAAGAGAAGCAAAUAAAAGCCUGGAUAUUUGUAAUAGAAAAUGUAAGGAAGACAGGAAGCCUCAUAGUUGCCGUGCCAAGCAUAGAGGAAUCAUUAGACAAACUUCAGAUGGAUAUACAACUCGAUAAGUGGGUGGAAAAAGUCAAGCUUAAUCCAGAAAUCUACCUUGGGACAGAGACUGAUGAAGAGACUAUUCGUCAAAUCCAUUUGUACAAAGUGCUGUAG